AUGGACUCAAAUUUGAAGAUUGUAGCUCUUGUUUUCAGAUCCAUCACAGAUCUAUUUUUCAUUCUUCAUAUUACUUUUCAACUUCUUAUUGGGUUCAUGCCUAAGGCACAUGUGGAUUUGAAGGGAAAAGGGUUCCUCAAAUAUGCUUUGGGAAGAGCUAGGAAGAUUAAGUGGUCAUACAUUUUAAUUGAUCUUCCAGCUGUUCUUCCAGUCCCACAGCUUAAGAAGACUCGUGACGCCUUUACUACUCCUUUGUGGAUUAGAGGGGGCUUCAAUUUGUUUCUCUACAUUAAUGCCAGUUAUAUUCUGGGAUCGUUUUGGUACUUCUUUUCUGUUCAAAGAGAGAUGGAGUGCUGGCACAAGGCUUGUGAUGACCAUUUUGCCUGCUUUCCGACCAACCAAAUUGAAAGGUGUAAUAUUUUUAGUAUGAAUAAUAAUAGUUUGAGGAAUAUAACAGCUUUGAAUGAGUUUUGUCCCAUAAAUUCACCAGACACAACCAUCUUCGACUUUGGAAUGUAUCUUGGAGCCCUUCAGUCUGGUAUUGUUGGCUCCACACAUUUUCCAAAUAAGGUGCUCCAGAGUUUCUGGUGGGGUCUAAGAAAUCUCAGUUCCUUUGGUUCAAACCUCCAAACAAGUCCCAAUCCUUGGGAAACCUGCUUUGCAGCACUACUGUCUAUGCUUGGCUUGCUUCUAUUUCUAUACCUCAUUGGAAAUCUACAGUUAUAUAUGCAACUAGCUACACAGAGAACAGAGGACAAAAGAUACAAUAAGAAAGUGGAGAUAAAAAGGCUAAUGAAAGCAAAAGAGCCAGACAUACAACUCUGGGCUUCCACACAUAAGCUUCGUGAGCCUGAGAGAGUGAAGACAGUGAUCAUGACUUACAUGCUUGACACCCUGGAAAACGACAAACAGCUUAACUUCAAACAACUUCAGAAGAAACUGUAA